AUGUCGUUAUUUAAAGCACGUGAAUGGUGGUCUUGUCAAGUUGGCUCGGGAGAAGAAUUUGAUUAUGGCUGUUUAAAAGUUGGUUCAUUUACGGAGAAUCCAAAUAAUAAAAUUAUUGUCGGUAGUCAUCAAGGUAUACUUCGAAUAUUCAAUCCAAGUGGUUCACAUGUCGAUUCAAUGAGUAAUAACUAUGCAUCGGAUUUACUUUUGGAAAAAAAUCUUGGUAUGCCAAUUAUACAAAUUGAAAUCGGCAAAUUUGUCAGUUCUUCACCUAUGAAUCAAAUAGCUGUUUUAUUCUCUCAUAAACUUUCGAUCUACGAUUAUAUUGAACAAGCUGGUGUGACUGAACACGGACGACAAUUUGAUUUAGAAUUAAAUUAUGAACAUAAUAUGAACCGACCAACAUUUAAUAUGUGUAAAGGACAAUUUGGUAGUGGUGGCCGUGGAAAUAAAGAAUCAUCGGAUUGUGAAUAUAUCUGUGUGCAAACGCUCGAUGGUGUUUUAUUUGUAUUUGAAUAUGAACGACAAACCAUGAUUAAAUCACUUCCGCAUACUUACUUACCGGGACCAAUUUGUUAUUUAUCUCGAUCAGAUGCUAUUGUUACUGUUUCAAGUAAUUAUCAUGUUGAAUGUUAUAAAUAUCAGGCACUAGCGAUAGCAAGUGGUGCCGAUCAUGGAUCAAGUAGUAAUAAUGAUGCGCGACGCAAGGGUCUAGAUAUUGAUCCAUCAUUAUCUGUAUCUCAAUCAUCGAAAAAAGUAUUACCAGACUGGUCAUUUAACUUGGGUGAAUGUGCACUUGGAAUACAAACGACGCAACGCAUUAGAAAUGCAUCACAAACCAUUCUUGUUUUAGGAGAAAGAAAUUUAUUUUGUCUUACUGAUAAUGGACAAUUAAUUUUUAUGAGUAAAUUUGAAUACAAUCCAAGUACAUUUGUUGUUUAUAACAGUGAAGUAUCACAAUCUGAUGCAUCUAACCCGAGCGUUCGCUAUAUUAUCGGUACACACUCUCGUACAUUAUUUAUUGCUCAAGAUGGUCAUAUUCGUUGGGCAGCUCAUGUUGAUUCUGUUCCUGUUCAAAUUGAAGUAGCCACCAUUCAAGAUAUACGCGGUAUGAUUUGUACGCUCAGCGAAACAGGUCUAUUACAAUGUUGUUACUUGGGUACUGAUCCUGUUUCAACAUCCAUUCCAACAAUAAUGUCUAGUACAAUGAUUAAUGUUGAAGAGGCCGAAGAACAGUUAACAAAAUUAAAUAAACAAAUAAAACAAGCCAUGAAUGAUCCAACUUUAGUAGUAAAACGAAAAUCAAAUGCACAAGUUACUAUUCAAAUUGAUGAUACAAAUCAAUUUUCGACAACAGAUGAAACAAGAUUUCAAAGACAUGAUGUUGAAUCUACAGUACCAUCAUUAUGUGUAAAUAUACGUGUGAAAAGUAGUGAAGCUAUACAAAAUACUCUUCUCACGGUUCAUGUUCACACUCCAUUAUGUGCACAACCAAAUGAAAUUCGAAUGGGCCACAUUGGCGGUAUUUCUGCGAUUGGUACAGCAUCGAUCGUAUUCUGGAUGCGGGAUGAUCUUACGCCAUGGAAUCUUGAAGCGACAUUUACAGUUUCAUAUAAUACGAUGUCAGAUAAUGUUUGCCAGACUAUUCAAAAGUCUUACAAAUUACCAAUAAAACUUGUUGCACGUUCAUAUCAACAACCAAUAUCAGCUACUACGGCUGACCAAUGUAAAAUAACAUUGGGCGCUAAUAAACCUGUAGCUGAUUUAAACAGAGUGUUUCCUGAACUUUCUACAGGAGAUACUAAUCAACAGCAAGGAUUAACUGUUCGAUUCUAUGGUUCAGUGGAAAAUGUAUCAAUAUUAGCAUCAUCAAAAUCACAGAAAUAUCGUUUUCAAAGUGAUUCUCUCGCAAGUAUUUGGCUGUUUUCUAAUUUACUUAUUGAACGUUUAAGUGCAUCAUCGAGCAUCGAAUUUGAAUUUGGUGAUCCAUUACCAUUAAACGAUUAUUUUUCAAUAAUUGAUCGUCACUAUGAAUUACGUGUUGAAUGUGAACAAAUUAAUUCGACAUUAGAAAUAAGUUCAAAGCAAUUUCGAGCUAUACAGAAACGUCUACUCAGUAAAUUUAAAGAUAAAACACCAUCAUUACUUGAUAAUCUCGAUAUUUUACUUGAAAACACAAAUCAACAGAUUCUUGCACUUGCUGAUCGAUAUGAACAAAGUCGUUAUGAAUUAAAUCGGUGCUCACAUGAUUUAUCGUGUGCAACUAAACUUAUUUGUCUUCUGUUGAAAAUUAGUGUCAGUUUAUCAAGUGACAACGCUCAAUUAUUAAAUGCCAUUUUAUCACCGGUUACAUCAGAUGAUAAUGAACAAGGUUGGGAAGAAACUGUUGAUGCAGCAGUAAAUUAUGCAUUACGCACUGUCCUUGCACGAUCAAAAAGCGCCGAACUAGGCUCGAUGCCGAGUACAAUAGGAAAUUCAACCACAAAUAUGGAUAUAAAUAAAUUGAAAAAACGCAUUCAAACAUUAUGUGAACGCCUAGAAAAAGGUGGCUCUUUAGUUUCAUCAAGUUCAACCAGAGAGACGAAUUUGUCACCUGAUUCAGCUUAUUCAUCAACAUCACUAUCAACAAGAAAAGAAAAACCAAUCGCUUCAAAUCGUAGAAAGAAAGAUGAUGAUGAAGAUACUGAAAUACCAAAUGGUGAUCAUGAAGAUGUAUUCCGUAUGUUACCUUCGACAAAUGCUCGUAAGCAGUAUAAUAACGAAGAUGAUGACAAUUAA